AUGGACGAGCAACAGAAGGAAUCGCUAGAUCGGAAGAAAAUGGACGAGAUUCUGAACUGGCUCUCUCCGCUUGACAUGAACCGCACACACCAAAGCAUAUCCGACCGAGCCCAGCCUGGCUCUGGUGAAUGGUUUCUAACCUCGGUGCCGUACCUCAGCUGGUCAUCUAGCGACGGAGAAAUAGAGUCCCUUUGGUGCUGGGGCAUUCCAGGCGCUGGAAAGACGGUUCUUUCGUCCAUCGUCGUCAAUAAACUCCGUCAGUCAAGAAUCGAGGAUCUGAGGAAGGAAAUUGGAAUUGUGGUCAUCUAUUUGAAAUACAAUGAGCCCGAACAGACAGUAGACAGCCUACUGGGGAGUGUUCUUAAGCAGCUCAUCCAAGAUUCCAACGUGCUCGAUCAGGCUGUUCAAGACUUAUACGAGCACCACCGCCAACGAAACACUCCGCCUCCUCUCGAGUCCAUCGUGGUACGCCUCCAAAAAGCGUUGGAGACUUACAAAGAGGUCUUCCUGGUUAUAGACGGACUGGACGAAUGCGAAGAGGAAACACGAUGGGAUCUUAUCGAGCAUGUUAGCAAAUUCCCCGGUGUCCGCCUCAUGGUGACCUCUCGAUAUCUCAGCGCGAUCGAAGAAGAGCUCGAAAAUUUUGUCCGCCUCGAGAUAAGGGCCCACAAGAUGGAUAUCGAGCUCUUCGUUGAAUAUCAGAUCCAGCGAAAUCGCAAUCUUCGGCGUAUGGUUCUGAGAGCCCCAAGGUUGCGACAAGACAUCAAGUCUGCCGUAGUCAAUACCGCUGAGAACAUGUUUUUGCUAGCUCGCCUCCAUGUCGAGUCUCUCGCGAGCGCCGCAUCUCUCACCAUUAAACAUGUUCGGCAGAAACUCCAGGAGCUUCCCACAACUCUCGACGCUUCUUACGACAAUGCGAUGCAGCGCAUCAGUGAUCAAGAAGAGGAUCACCGGAGACUUGCUUUUAAGACAUUGGCUUGGGUCACGCAUGUCUUCCGCCCACUCUCUUUGCAAGAACUUCAACAUGCUCUCGCCGUUGAGCCGGGAGACUCCGAGCUAGACGAGGAGUUGCUGAUGGAUGCGCCAAGCAUUACUGCUCUCUGUGCCGGCCUCGUAGUCAUUGACAAGGCUACGUACAAUGUUAAUCUUGUCCACUACAGCACCAAGAGCUACUUUGAGAAUAAACGGCAGAAGUACUUUACUCAAUACCAUGCUAGUAUCACUCUAAGCCUGGCCACGUACCUAACGUUGGACGCGCUGCAAAACAUCACAAUAAGUGAAAUCGUUCGAAAUUAUCCUCUCGCCAGCUAUGCCGCCCAAUGCCUCGGGGACCAUGCUCGCAACUCGCCGGAAGACGAUAUCGAUCAGGUAGUCUUCUUGUCCCAGACAGGUGCGGUGGACUUGCAUGGCGAGGGUGUUUCCAUUGGAGGUUUAGCGCUGUUCCUGGCAGUUGAGCGCCAAGACGGGGCAAUAGUAGACACUCUCCUCCAUGCAGGUGUCAACAUCAACGCCAAGGACAGCAAGGGCCAGACAGCACUCUUCAGAGCGACUCGUCGCCAAGAUGCCGUGAUGAUGAAGCUUCUCAUUUCUGAGAACAUCGAUAUUGAUAGUCGAGAUGAUGAAGGCCGCACAGCUUGGAGCGCGAACGUAAAACCACGCAACAAGGACAUUCUGGAUAUUUUGCUGACCAAUCCAUCCAUCCAGACCGAGUAUGAUUGGGCACCCAUACACUGGGCUGCGUCGUAUGGCCAUGUGGAAUGCGUGCAGCUGCUUAUCGACGCUGGCGCCGAUGUUAACGUUAGGUCAGACCAAGGCGUCACCCCCAUGGAUCUUGCAACACAGGCGAAUCAGCUUGUCGUUGUGGAGAUGCUGAAGCAUGCUGGCGCGACUUUCACCAAGCCA